CCCAUGGACUUAGCAGCGCGUCAUCCGUCUGCGAAGCAAGUCCUGCUGGCGUACAGGGACGAUCCCGAGAAGCAGAGGAAGGAGAUGAAGAAGAGGUACGACUCGAAGGUGGCGGAGGCAGCCACCCUGCAGAAGGAAAAUGGAGAGUUGAAGAAGGAGCUUCAGGAAAAGGAAAAGGAAAUCAAAUUAAUGCAGGAGCAGGCGAAGCAAGCGCAAUUGCAUCAGCAAAGGUGUGAGAGUGAGGCGAGGGAGCAUGAGGCCGAGAAGGAAGGUCUCAACCAGCAAAUUGCAGAGCUUCAGGAACGCAGUGCAAGUUUACAGGUAAGUUGUCGGCUGUGUGAUCAAAUACAGACUUGCAGUUAUACUUCGUUGCAUGCUCGUCAAUAUAUUAAGAGAUGCAUGUGUGUAUAUUCUUAAGCUGGCACUGUAUAGACAUAUGUAGCGCAUCCACCGGUAUGUGUAUACCUAGCUGUCCUUAUCUCUAUGUAUAGAUGCUGGGCGAGUGUAUGUAAAUGGACAGACGAGUCGAAGUAAAUAAACAGGGGGAUACACUCAAGAGAAAGACGGAGACAGACAGAAAGGGAUAGCAUGAGUGAGUGAGGAAGGAAGAGAAAGAUACAAAGAGGUGAUAGAUAGAAAGAGAGAGAGAGAGGGGGGGGGGGAGGGCGAGCGAGAGCUAGAAAAAAGUGAGAGGAAGAGAUAGAUAGUGUAGAUAUGUGAUAUAUUAGUGUCUGUGUAUAUAGCAUAGCAUAACACGUACACCAUUGUCACCCUCUGUAUCAUAUUAACCAUGCAACUAUCUACCUCCAUUCAUGUAACAACUUGUUUGCCAGUGGCAUG